AGACCUGCAGCGGUUGCCGCCGGUGUCUCUGGGCGUGAUCAAGCUUGGCGCCUGCAAAUCCCUCCGACCACGCUCAGGUCGUUGAAAAAGCGGAUCGGGAAAGCAGUGCAGGCCUCGCUGGAGACGGAAUUCGCUCAGGUUGACACCAUCGGGGUACUCGUGGAGGGCUCCGACAUCAUCGAAGCGGUGGAGGCUUUGAUGGUGCUGAAGCCGGACUUCGUUCGAGCCGACGAUGUGUCCACCGACGUCGUCCAUGUGUCCGCCGAGAUCGUCUCUGUGGAUGAAGAAGAUUUAGUGCAAAUCUCAACGGAGCCGAAAUUCAAUGACGUCGACAUGUCCGUGACGGACUCCGUCGACGGCAUCGUGUCCUCCGGCGUGACCGCGGAGGAUGUGUUAUCGGUCAUCGAUGCGGUACAAGGCUCCGCGGAGCUCAACAUAUUGGUGUCCGACGUUGUGGUCACUUCGGCCGAAUCUUUGGACGGAGUCGUCGUGGCCACUGACGUCGUGGCAGUGACAGAAGUGAUUGCCUUGAGUGGUGAGGAUCUGCCUAUCGCCGUGUCCGUCCUUGAUGCGGACGCGGCUACAAAGCAAGAUCUAGUCAACCGACUACGCAAAUCUACCGUGUCAAAAGCAUGCUUUGCAUAUUACUACGCGCUCACAGACGACGAGUUUUGCAUCGCGAUGAUUCGGCUGCAUUAA